AUGAACAUACAAGACUUGCUGAACCCUUCUUGCGGUGAUCGCCAUGACCAUCGCCGCUCAGAGUCUGCGACACCACCAUCACGCCCGGUAGCGAUAUUACCAGCGCUCAGGCGACAAAAGAUACCAAAGGAUGCUCCAAUAUUUUCAGAAGGAAACAGAACCGUGGGAAUAGUCAACUUCGCCCCUCAUGAAGCGGGAAAUGACGAGGAACUUCUUGCACAGCACUGUAGAUUCCAGAUCUACCCGUUGGGUGAGAUAUCCAGGAAGGGAGUUCGACAUAUCCCAUACAACAGUGAUAAGAAAGACUUCCUUGAGAAGACUGGACGCGACGCAUUCGAAAUGUUCCAAUACACGUACAAGCUACCUGGUGAAGAUAAGCCGUAUGUCGUCGUCUGGGACUACAAUGUCGGCCUCGUCCGUAUGACGCCUUUCUUCAAGUCGUGCAAAUACUCGAAGACGAUACCCGCAAAGACAUUGAGAGAGAAUCCCGGGCUCAAGGAUAUCAGCUACAGUAUAACUGGGGGCGCUCUGGUGUGUCAAGGGUAUUGGAUACCGUACCAGGCUGCCAGAGCGAUAGCUGCAACCUUCUGCUAUGACAUUCGAUGGGCGCUUACCCCUGUCUUCGGCAACGACUUUCCUUCGAUUUGUCUGACACCAGAUGAUCCCUCUUUCGCAAAGUUCGUCAUCGACCCAGCCAUCGUACGAUACUGUACUGAGGAGACGACGAAAUUCCGAGAACUUGGAUCUGCGUAUGAAGUCCAUCGGCCGGUCGCCCCGACACAAGUGGAGGCACCGACGUCGCGCUCUGACCAGCCGCUCAGCACCAGCAUUGUAAGGCAACGGCGCGCACGACCGAUAGAUAUAGAGAGCGGAUAUGGGACCGAUACAGAGCGAAACGACAGGUGUCUCUUUUCUCCUGAGGUAUCUCCGCGCACUCGCUUCACGCCCAUCAAUCGGCCACGCUCGCCGUACUCUCCCCGCACAGCAGAGUCUUCGUUUGUGAGCUCACCCGUCAGCAUUCGUGCGCCUCCAGGAUUGCAUACGCCAACGUCGACUCCAUAUGAACACUCUGGCGAGGUCUUUCGGGCAAAGCGGUCGCAUUCCAAGGUGGCCUUUUGCGAGCAUCCUGCCGACGAAGCUGUCAUUCGCCCUCCAACAGCCGCCACAGUCGACAGUGCACACGGAUGCGAGAUGUGCGUUGGUGACGACAACCAUAGCCACCUCGAUAUGGAUGCGGCAGAGAUGUUGCUUUCGCUGCGUACAGCGGACAGCGCAAUGCCACCAUCAAAGCGUACGCGUCGGGGUUCGUGA